AUAAUCGGUCAGAGUAGUCUCAGUGCCGCAGAGAAACGGCAGUUCAACUUCAACAUCAGCCAGCAGCAGUCAUCUCUCCGAAGAGCUCCGGGAACAUUAAAUCGACUAAGUUCCAAAUUAUUUUUGGACUUAGAAAAUAUUUCUGAAGUGAACCAACGAUUAAAAAUACAGUUUUCGUUCGAUAUAUAUAUAUUUAUUAAUUUUGUUUCUCUCGGAAAUCCAGAAAAGAAAACGUCAAUAAGUGAAAUAACAAAAAAAAAACUUUAUUCAAAAAGACUACGGAAAACGUAUCAUCCAUCCAGCCAAGCAGCCGUCCAGAUAGCGACCCAAAGGACUAAUUAUAAAAGAAAUAACGAAAACAAGGUUUCCAUAAUUGGAAGUCCAGAAUUGAAUAUUCAAGGAAACGCAUACAUCAGAGCUAUCAAUCAAAGUGAUCAAGAUUUGACCUUGCCUACGCCUGUGAUUAAGAUGGGCCAGUGUAGUUGGUUAACAUGUAGAGGAGAGACUGAUGCACAGCGCGAACUGAUCCGCGAAAACAAUUUUCAAGAAGAGCCUAAUUCUCAUAUUCAAAAACUCGACUAUCUAAGUCACAAGCCAAAUUGGUUCGCAAGUCCACCUCUCGAUACUAUUCCCAUUAAUGUAGUCUCAAGCGAUAAACUCACUGCUGAACGUGCAAAAUCUAUACAAAACCUCCUCUAUCUCGAUCAUUUGACUGAAACAGAAAAUACUGUAAUUACUGAACUCAUUAGCCAACACCAAGACCUUUUUGUUCUUAAUGGCGAAGCUUUAGGUGCUACAAAUGCUAUUUUUCAUCAAAUUAAUACAAUAGAUGACGUACCUGUAUUCAAACGACAAUAUAGAUUCCCUCCUAUUCACAAAGACGAAAUUAUAAAACAAUGUACAGAAUUAGAGGCAAGAGGUAUAAUUAAACCAUCCGAUUCGCCCUAUAGUUCUCCCAUUUGGAUAGUUCCGAAAAAGGAAGAUUCCUUAGGAAAUAAAAGAUGGAGAAUGGUAAUUGACUACCGAUCUCUCAAUGAAAAAACCAUCGGGGACGCCUACCCUCUCCCAAACAUUAAUGAAAUAUUAGACCAGUUGGGAAAUGCCCAAUAUUUCUCAAGCUUUGACCUUGCUAGUGGAUUCCAUCAAAUCCCUAUUCAUCCUAAUGACACACAUAAAACCGCAUUCUCUACACCCUAUCAGCACUAUGAGUUUACGCGCAUGCCCUUCGGUCUCAAAAACGCACCCCCAACAUUCCAAAGAAUGAUGGAUAAAGUCCUAAUUGGAUUACAGGGUAAAGAAUUAUUCGUCUACAUGGAUGAUAUAGUGAUCUAUUCUCAGACUCUUGAAGAGCAUGUUCGAAAGUUUCAAAAUUUAAGUGAGCGCUUACGAAAGGCUGGUUUGCAACUCGAACCGGAUAAAUGUCACUUUUUAAAGAAAGAGAUCAAUUAUCUGGGACACAUUAUAUCAUCUGAUGGAGUACGUCCGGAACCAAAAAAAUUAACAGCUGUCCAAAAUUUUCCAAGACCAACCAAUCAGAAAAAUAUCAGACAAUUUCUUGGCCUAACCGGGUAUUACCGUCGAUUCAUCCCAAAUUAUGCAAAAAUCGCCAAACCUUUAACCUCUCUCCUAAUGAAAGACAAGAAAUUUCAAUGGGGCGACGAGGAAAACAAAGCCUUUAGUAAUUUACGGAACGCGCUGUGCAAAUCUCCCAUACUGCAAUAUCCAGAUUUCACCAAGGAGUUUGUAAUCACGACAGAUGCUUGCGGAUACGGCAUUGCCGGAAUUCUCAGUCAAGGAGAGAUUGGUAAAGAUCUUCCAAUUGCCUAUAUCUCAAGAGUAUUAGGAAAAUCAGAAAGAAAUUACUCAACUAUAGAAAAGGAAAUGCUUGCUAUCAUUUAUGCGGUAAACUACUUUCGACCUUAUGUCUACGGUCGGAAAUUUACAUUAGUUACAGACCACAGGCCUUUGACGUGGAUUAAUUCGGUGUCGUCGCCAAAUUCUAGAAUUGUUAGGUGGAGACUAAGUAUGCAGGAUUUUGAUUACCGAAUAGUAUAUAAACCAGGGUUAGUGAACGCAAAUGCUGAUGCUUUAUCUAGAAAUAUUCCAUUUAAUAACGAAACAGAAUGCGACAACGAUGAUACUUUGUUAGAUAUAAAAAGAAUUUUCACGAUUGAUUCUGACACCUCUUCUAGUGAUUCAAUAUUUACGGCCCCAGCAAAACGAAAAAAGAAAGAGGUAACAAAAGCACUGACGAAAAGAUCUCGUGUGGGAAGCGAUGAUAUUGAUAUAGCAGUAGAUAACAGCACGAAAUCAGAGGACAGUGAGAAUGUAGGUAGAAAUAAAAGAAGUAAUAUAGCUGACGAAGAUAUCACGCAACAGACAGGCUCAAGUAGCGCGACGGAAAUCUUAGCCGAACAUCCGGCAUCUGAACCCCUGAUAUCACCUGAAGGAAAUGACUCAGAUAACGAACAUAAUCACAGUGAGCUAUCCAGUAACGGUGGAUUAGCGGAGAGCGAACGCAGCUCUGAGUCAUAUCCUGCAAGCGUUGCAAAUAAUCAAGACAUCGACCCAUCCCACUAUUUACCCCCAGCCGCUUGUGAUGAAAUAGAUGAAACAUUUUUUGAUGACGGGUCUCUAGGGUUAGCAGACUUUACUGAAAUUAUGUCCGACAUGUUCAUAUUCCCAGAGGAUGCACAAGAUAACAACUCGACUGAUAUACUCAGAACAGACCCUAUUAGCAAUCAAGAGAAUGAAGCAGUUGUGGUCGAUGUACCUGACUCAGAUGAUUCAAGCGAUUCGAGCGAAGAAAUAUUCCCAACAGCUCGCGUUCCAUUCGAGAAUCAACGACAAAGGGAAAAUAAAGAAAGACUACCACCAAAUUCGCGAAUAAUUUCGGAUCAGGUAAUUGAAUGUCGUGACAAUUUAGCCAUGCGACAAGACAAUUAUCUUAUCUUUACUUCUAUUAGGGGUGAAGCUUGCGAUAAUGGAGCUCUGGAAAUACUGCAUACAAUCGAUUGUCCGAUCAAUGAUCUCACUUUACUCCGUGUAAAAGUUAUACCUUAUAAGAAAAAACUUACCCUCAUCCUACCCCUGCGUAAUAAUAGGAACAACAUAGUGGUCGAAGAAGACAUUCGCGAAGGGUUACAAUCUGUUCACAACGCAAUAAUUGAUCUCAAUAUCAAAUCAAUUAGCAUAGCUAAGACUGAUCAAUUCGACGACGUCCCAUGGAAUAUAAUAGAACAAAUCCUAGUAGAUACAUUUGCACCAAUUGAUGUAAAAAUUACAAUUUGCACGCAAGAAGUCAUAAUCCCCAAUGAGCAUGACCGAUCCGAGAUCACAACAUCCUCACCUAAAAAAAUCACGCUCCAUUCACUGUCACCUGCAACUCACGCUACGCUACACGUACUACCGUCAUCUAAUCAAGGAUUAGUCAGCACCACCCCAGUUAUGAAAAUCCCGCACAUCUCUACUAGCACGUCAAACCCUGCUAUCAAUCAUCAAAAUACACCUGGCCCAUUAUCUACACACAAUAUCACCGAUGUAUCCAUUCCAACAGGCGCUUCACACGAAAACCAUUGCAGUUCACACCAACCAAGCACCUCAUCAACUAUGAGGAAUCACCUAAUCGUGAUGCCUGAUCCAACUCACUCCGACGAAACGUAUGUCUUACAUCCUCUUGACGAUGAACCUGCUAGAUAUGUUAUCAAUGUCUUCCCCAACGACCCAAGGUAUAGGGUGUAUACAGGCCUUGACAUAAACAAUAAAAGACCCUCACAAACACCUCUCAUCUUCUACGCCGCAUCAAUGGACACAACAACACCCAACAAGUCGACCUAUCACAUUGAUGAACAUGACCCUCGACAUGAUCGUUACUGUCCUACAACUGUGCCUGAAACCCCAACGCAAAUACCAGUAAUACCACCACCACGACCUGUCACUCCAUAUAUCCCCAAAUAUAUUAAUCCCAACCCAUCAACCCUUCCGAACCCGUACAUCAUUCUUGAAAGACUAGAGUCACUUCAACCUACCUAUAAGCCUACUCCUAUACCUACGCUUGAAGGACGAAGAAAACAAUAUGCUACUGCAAAUGAGGACGAAUUCUUAGAGAUGAAGGAAAAAUUAGAAGAAAAAAAGCAAAGGUUGGCGGAUGUGUUUAAAAUUAUAAUCACAGACGCAUCUUCACGCUUUGGUUUCUUUAAUCACUCAAAAGGCUUAAAUCUUCACCACCCAUUGACAACAGCUCUCAAACCUCACAUUAAAAAUUGGCUUUAUCAUUCAACAGGAAAUGGACAGGACCAUCUACUGAAAAUCGCCGGAGGGGCUAAACCCGUGAGCCACCUGAAAUUUAUAGAAGCAGAUGUGAAACGAUUUCUUGGAAAAUUGAAUAUCCAGAUACUGCAAAACUCAAUCAGCGAAGAUAUACACGUAAUAAUACUAGAAAACACCAACCCAGAAAUCAUCGAAAUGGCGUUUGGAGAAUCAGGAAUGGACAGACACACGAAUGAGCGCCCUCGUAUGAUUAGGAUAUGGAGACACCCCAAUAAAGAAAUCUUAGAGGCGAGGAAAAGGAAACACCGAAUAUUAAUUAUCGCGAGACAAUUGCAAAAGAAAGUAGAAAAAAUGCAUAAAUUAUUAGAUGUAUUUAAACAAUAUUGCGAAGCGAAAAUCGACGAAAUAGAAAAUACCGAUAGUCACGAAGAAUUGGAGGAGAUUUCGGCGGACGAAAUAGAUACAGAUAAUGAUAGCAGAUAA